AAGUGAGGAGACUGGUACUUGUUAUGUAUAUUUGAAAUUGUGUCAUGGUAUAAUAAAAGAUGGAGAUCAGUUGUGUACUUAAAUGCACUUAUGGAAUUUUUAUUGAUUACACUUUGGGACAUUUUACUGUAUGAAAUGGGGGCUGAUGGGGGGUGUCUGAAUAUUCCUGUGGCUCAAAAUGUCAACAGAUGUAGAAAGUCGUAAAACGGGUUAUUUCAUGGACAAACACUGAAACUGUUCCUUAAAAGCAGCCUGUUAUAGUGAUAGUAGUGCAACAAAACAAAGUCCACAUGACGGGACAUUCCCAGCAGGUGACAGGCAUUAAAAAAAGGUUAAACUCUCAGAUUAUUUUUGGACUUUUCUUAAAAAUAUAUCGACUUAAAAGCUAAACAUUUUUCUAGUUCAUGAUCCCCACAAACAUUUGACUUUUUUCAGUGUUUACUUAAUAGUUGAACAAUAGUCUGGUUAACUAAGUCGGCUAUAAAGGCUUAAAUUUGCAUUUUGAGGUUAAUGUUUGACCCUCAUCACUGAUAAGUGGCCAGGUGGGCAAACAUUUAAAACCUGUGGCGGGAAAUAUGGAGGUGUGUAUAGAUAUGUAUUAGUUGAUAAAUGAGUGAUCUGUCUGGUGCCACAGAAGACAAAAAUAUUGUUUUUGCACCAAUCAUUCACAAAAAGUGAGCACAGAUUUGACCAUAAAAAUUCUUUUAUUUUCUGUUGUGUGUGACUGUUAGCAUGAACCCUAUUCUGCCAAAUGUUUUUAUUGUUUAUGGGAAGUCGGGCUUAAAGCUGCAGCUUUUGUUCUGUGGAUCCAGCAUGUUUUCAAUUAAUCCGAACCCCUUUGUUGUGUGCAUCUUAAUUUAUGUGCGUCUUGUGGAAGGAGCGCACGCCAUGUGCUAAGCAACACAACCUACACACCACAUUUCCAGUGUUGUAUGUCGGUGCUCAGGUCAUCUUUGGUUUAAUACUCAUUAACUCACUUUUUUUUUUACAGUGAGGGGGCUUUUUAAGCUGUUUUUCAUGAAGAUCUGUUUAAACUGGAGACUCUCAAAGUCCACAGUUUAAUGUUCCUGUCAGAGUGUUAAUGUUCCAGACUGUUUUCUGUACGUUUUAAUUGGAUUGGCAAGAAUGAAACCUCAGCAGAACUCUCAUUAUACAAACCCACUUCACACAGUGUUUUUACAAGGAAAGGCAGAAAGGGAAGAAGGUAGAAUCAACAUCUAAACUCUUUCUUUGUCUCCAAAACAGAAAGAUUUCACAAUUCCUUGUCAUUCUUUUGUCCCUCUUCCAAGUAUCUAAGCUCCAGGACGUAGCAAUUUAGGAUUUGCAUAACCGUCACCUUAAAGAGAGCACGAUUCCCACUCUCCCUGACCUUCCUUGUGUACUUGCCAGCGUGGGUUGGGUUAUGCAAAUCCACAGAGAAGCGGAAGCAGUGCUGCUUUUUCCACACUUCAAAGGCAGCCCUAACAUUUCCUGGACUGCUUUUUACAUAGCUGACUUUUGGGACAGCCUGGAGAUGGUCAUGCUGGAUUAAAAAGCCCACGCUCCAGGAAAUGUCCACCCUGUUCCUGAUAAAUGCGGGAAAUGAGCUCCAUAAAGAAGGGCCACAUGUUUUGUGGUUAACAUCUAUGAUGUGAGAUCCUCACUGAACUUAUUUGACCUUUGACAUGACAUUAAAUCUUCACAUUCUUAGAGGGAAAUUGUGUUUUUCUGUGUGCGUAAAAAUGAACCAAAGAUAUAAAUGGGUGCGGCGCGUAAAAAACAUGUUUUUGCAUAUCUAAUUAGGUAGGAGGAGCUUUUCCCCUCCCUUUUCCCUUCUCCGUGAGACACUUCUUACAUGCUGGUGCAUGCGCCUCCUCACACCAGUGGAUGAGCGCCGGAGGAGCAGCCUAAAUGAAGCCACAGGAACUCCGCGUGAGAUGCGGCGCAGCUCGACCCCCUUUUACGCACGACAUGAGAUGUGACUUGCUUCGACUGUGUCUGAAGAAGGCUGCAGGAAACUGAUCCCGGAGUGUUCCCCUGUCAAACAGAGAGAAAACAAGUUUGCCUCAGACGUUCAUAACUCAGCAAAGAUGGGGAAGAACUUGCCUGCGCGAUGGAGACUUCCAGCGUUGAUCGCGUGGCUCAUCCUCCUUUGCGCACAGGAUGCUCUCGCCAAAACUCUCCAGUGUAAAGAAAAUCAGUACCUUAAAGGCUCCAAGUGUUGUGACAAAUGUCGACCAGGUUAUCGUGUGUUCUCUCACUGCACUGAGUCGGAUUCUCAGCGGACUGAAUGUGUCAAAUGCAAUCAUGGUGAAUAUCAGCCUGACUGGACUGAAGACAUGCACUGCUUUCAGCAGAAGUUCUGUGAUCCAGGUAAGGGUUUUAUGGUGAAUAAAGAGAACCCUGAAGCUGAGGAACCAUGCCGCUGCAGGCCCAACUUACAGUGUUACCACAUCAAUUGUGAGUUCUGCGAAAAAUUACCCACCUGUGACCCCGGUUCUGGCCUGGAAGAUGACCCCGGCUCAACAAACGGGAGAAAGAUCUGCGCUCCCUGCAGAGCCGGCUUUUUCUCUGCUGAUCGUAAUUCGGAGCAAUGCAAGGAGUGGACCGAUUGUAAGGCAGAUGGAAGGAGUGAGACGGAGCCGGGCAGCAGCCGGACCGACGCGGUGUGUGGACCUCCUGACCCCCGUCCAACACCCCCUUGGGUUUUAGUUUCUGUGCUGUCAGUCCUAAUUGUUCUGUGUCUCCUCCUUCUGCGACUCUUCUGCUACAAGGACAAACUGAAGUUGCUCUCCAUUAAUCUGCGAUCUUGCGUCCAGAAUCUGAAGAGGACCAGGAUUCAACAGGAGACUUUGGCCCCUCUUUACCACAGUGCACCAGCAGGUGGAGGAAUUCCCGGAGAUCCCAGAUGUUCCCCUUGUCAAGAGACAAAACUGGUCUGUCAAGCUCCCCACAGCCCUGAAGAUGAGCCCUUCUGCACCCUCCCGUCCUCCUCCCUCAGCGCCAACACCUGCCUGUUAUCGCCAGAAGAAUCGGCAGAAAAAGGGGGAUUGGAGGAAAAGACUGCUGCAGAGACUCAGAGCCAAGGAUCCGGAGAACCAGAGGAGGUGUCAGAAGAAGACUUCACAAGUGUCUCCCCACUUUUGGCUGGUUCCUGUGUGUGUGUUAUUCCCGUCUGUGAGCCUCUGGAAGUGGGGGAGAAUGAGGACUGUAGCCAGGCUGUGAGUCCUGGAAUGACCGGAACCUGCUCGUGCGGCGCUCUGGAAGAUGGAAGUGAGGACAGAAGUAAACGGGCUAAAGAAAAGGCCAACGGAGGUCAAGAAAAGACCACAAGUGAGACAAACGGGGUUCCUCUGACCUCCUCUGGGGUUCCACUGUCCAGUCCUGCUGAACGCUGUCUACCAGUGUCCCAGGCUCAGGUGGUGGUGGAGCAGUCCAGUCCAAUAAAAACAGAGGAAUUAUAUACACAGACAAGUUUACACUCCACUUCUAAAGGAAAUAGCACAACCUCCACUGUGACUUUAACUUCAGCAUCUGUUGGAGAUCUUUAUCUGGAAAAGCCGCAGGAUUCCUCAAGUGCAGAGCAAAGCCUGGGACCUUCGUGGGGGAACAGUAGGGAGAAAAAGUUUCCUCUGGGAGACUCAGAACUGGACUGCUCACCAGAGAGUCUCCACAGUCAGCUGGCAGAACCAACUCCUACCUCAGGUCUGGUGUCUGGAAACAACAAUACUACCUUCAUCUCCAGCGGUCAGGUGAUGAAUUUCAGCGGUGAUGUCAUCGUCGUGUGUGUCAGCCAAACAUCUCAUGACACUGACAAGGAGAAGGAGGGUGACACCAUCGGGAGCCCUGUGCAGGAGGAGUCCAGUCAAACGGCUCAGUUCAUCCAAAGCAGGUGUAGAUCACAAGGGAACAACAUUACCCAUAACACCUUGCAAGGACAGACGAUGCCAGUGAUGCAGGGGAAGUGAAGAAAUAAGAGGAGGACACCAACUAUCUCUGCAGCUAUUAGAUAAACUUGCACAACUGAAC